GCUUUAUAAAUAGCCACAGGACAUAGUACCUCAUGCAAGCAGAUUUAAAAGUGCAGAAGCUAAAAGAUUGAGAAAUUCAAUCUUACAUACACAAGACCUUUUUAAGCUAAUAAGCUAUGGCUGGGGAUGAUGAAUUUGAUAGAUGGAUUUCUCCGAUUGAAAUGAUGCUGAACACCCUAACAAAUAAAAAAGUCAGAGGAAAUAGCAUCGUAGAUAUUCCAGAACACCUUAAAAAAUCGAACAUGAAAGCUUACAAGCCAAAGGUGGUCUCUAUUGGACCCCUACACCGGAAAUCUAGUAGGGAGCUGCUAUACAUGGAGGAGAUCAAAUGGCAAUGCAUGUUGUCUCUUCUUCAUCGACUUAAUCCAACCGAUGAUCAAAAAGUUGUGCCUCCGAAACGCUUGAAAGAUUGCGGCGAAGUCAUUUUAAAGUAUGAUGAGGCAGUCCGAGCGUGCUACAUGGACCCAAUCGAAUUGGACCGCCACGAACUCGCCCAAAUCAUGCUAGUCGAUGGCUGUUUUCUGCUUGAGCUCCUUCUCAUUACUAACGACAAGCAAUUAAAUGGUGAACCAAAAAGCAAAUUCCCUGUUAAAGUCUCAAAAAGGGAAGAAUUCCUGUCUGAUUUGAAAUUACUUGAAAACCAGAUACCUCUGUUCAUUAUUGAUUUGUUGUAUCUAAAACUGUUUGGGCAAAAAUCGGAAGGGAUACCGAAUAUAAUCAAUGGCUACGCACUGUAUCUCUUUGGUUGUUCUUCUGGCCGCCCUAUAAUAAGUCCAAACAGGGCACACUUUCUUGAACUCACGCACUGGUUCUUGACUAGUAGGCAAAUUGAAGCUAAACCAGAUCAAGAACGCAGCGCCCCCGAAACUGUUGUAGAGCUUACAAUUGAUCCUCCGGAUCAUGAACACAUGGAAAGCAUGGACAUAUGGCUCCGAGAGAGGGACGAACGUGACAAAAAAGUCAGCAAAGAAACUACACCUAAAUUAGAACGUUGCGCUGCGAGGCUCCAAGCUGCAGGGGUUAAGAUUAAAACCUUUUAUGGAAAGAACCGAAGCAGCAGCAAAUUAGAAAAGGAUCCUGUAAGUGUCAUGUUUGGCUGUAAGGAAAAAUUCGAGCAGGGAGUGCUAGAAAUCCAGUCUCUGUGUGUUACUGAGGAAACCGAACUUCAGUGGCGGAAUUUCAUUGCUUGGGAGCAGACCAGAUCUGCCGAGAAAACUUGGGAGCAGACAGGAACCCCAGCUACCGAGAAAAAAUUCAGUCAGUAUGCUUUGUUAUUUAAAGGUUUGGUUUGUUGCGAGUACGACAUAGAACUGCUUAAAAGUGCCAAAGUCUUGAAGGUGCACGAUGAAAACAAGUGGAGCAAUGAGAAGGUGAACAAGUUCAUUCAUGACAUUGCCGAGGGAAUUCAAAUUGAUGCCAGCGCGGAUCCCAAAUUUUGUGAAAUGAUUAAUGACUUGAACAGUUGUGACAAAGGAUGCUGCAGAUUCAUCAUGUUCAAGCAUUGCUGCCGAAUCCUUCUCACAAAAGCAAGGAAAUUCUGCAGGUACUUGUACCGUCUUUUGAUGCGUGACUAUUGUUCCACGCCGUGGCAAACGUUAGGAGUAAUGGCUGCUGUCUUGCUGCUUUUUCUCACCAUUGCCCAGACUGUUCUUGCAGCCAUUGCCCUGUAGAUGUUUAGUUCCUUGUUAAUUCGCUACGUAUAGCAUUCGCAAAUUUGCAAUGUGUGAUGUAUGAAUAAGUAUAAUAUUUUGUAUCACUUGGCUUCCUUGUCCAGUAAUGUCCAGUCUCGUUUGGUUGUUUUGUUUAUCAUGUAUAUCUAUAAUUAUAAAGAGAAUAAUCGUAUCAUCUCUCUUCUGAA